AUGGACAUGAAGCUGAAUGAUUUUCUUGCGAUGGAAUUUGACGGCAGAGGCAUUUUGCGCGCCAAUCGGAAUGUCUUACUGAGGGAUUUUUUCAAGGAUCCCACGAGUCAUAUCCGCGAUGCGGGAGUAUUGAAUGAAAUACGGGCAACAGGUGCUUAUGCGAGGAUGGAGGGGACUGUAAGGGAUGAAACGGGUUUGGAAGAAGCUGUACGCAGGCUUCACCACGAGGGUGUGGUCUCUCUCGAGCAAUGGAGGGACCAUGAAGGAAAGGAUACGGUCGCUCCACUUGCAAAGGGAAAGCUAAACGCAGCCUUCACUGAGGUACUGAGAAAAGAAAAAGCAAGGCGUGAGGAAGAAGAAAGGGCAAGGCGUGAGGAAGAAGAAAGGGCAAGGCGGGACCAGCAACAAAUCAACUUUAACUUAAGUCUCAGCAAUGAAGACGCAAUUUUUCAAGGAAGAGCUCGCUUCUAUAAAAAGAAGAUGAAUGAUUUUCUUACGCUGGAAUUGGACGGCAGAGGCGUCGCAGACACCAAUCGGAGAGUUUUGCUGAAGGAGUUUUUUAAGGAACCCGCGAGGUAUAUCCAUGAUGCGGGAGUAUUGAACGAAAUAAAGAAAACAGAUGCUUAUUUGAGGGCCGAGAGGGCUGUGCGGGAGGAAAUGGAUAUGGAAAAAGAUAUAAAGGAGCUCGAAUAUAAUCAUUUAAGCACUCUACGUGGGUGGUCAAUAGCUUCUGCGGAGAUAAAAGCAAGUGUUCAUGACAUCACCAAAAGUUUUUUGGAUGCAGCCCUUGAGGAGGCGAAGAAACCAACGACGACGAUUGCACCGAUAGAAAUGGAGGGAUUGUACGAGUCUGUGUACAAUGCGAGUUGGCAUCAUGUCGUGGAAGUCCCUGGCGGCGAGGGGACGGGAAUGGAGGUGAGGGAGGGGAAACCACCGCAGUCAUGGACGUACAAGGCAGUUAGCCGAACCCUCGAAAAGGAUGACGGUGUAGAGCAAUCCGGUGCACCGCGUCUCAGGCUGAUGGUGCUUACCUCGGACGAUGAAUGGCCAUACACGUGGAAAAAUGAUGGAAGGAAUAUUAGUGACUGCUAUGUGGACUGUGAGGUGGAGCGAGUGUGGCAAACCGUCAAGGGCAAUCUAACCGGAUUGUUCAGCGCCUACGAAGGGACCGACUAUAUCCCCAAGCAGCAUGUGUUGAUUGGGACGCCCGGGAUCGGGAAGUCGAUGGGUGCCGGCUCGUACCUCCUCUACCAGCUUCUGCACUACGAUGCGGAGAAGCUCCCAAUGGUUGCGUACGUUAUUGCGGAUAGAAAAUUCCUGUUUGACAAGACCGCCAAAACCGUGAAAAAAUACGGUGAGGCGUCUAGUAUCGUGGAUAUUUUGGACGAGUUUUCUGAUCGUGGGGUGGAGGGGUAUAUUAUCUACGACGUGGCAAAACCGGGUCAUGAACCGCCUGAUAGUUUGCCUUGCAAGGGAUGGGGCAUGAUUGUGGUGACAUCACCGAACGAGGGCAACUUCAUAGAAUGGGAGAAACAAAAAGGAUCCGUACGAAUCGUAAUGAAUUGUCCUGCGAAAGAAGAUGUAAAGGCGAUGUGCGUUUGUAUGAAUCGCAAUGAGCCAACUGUGCAAGCGGGAUACUGGAAAAAGGUGGAAGAUCGAAUGGAUAAAGUGGGACCGCUUCUUCGCUACAUCUUUGAUUGGGGCACAUACAAAGAUCGGAUUGACUCGUGCGAAAGUACAGUUAAUAAAAUGGUCUUGCCGGAUACCAACUAUUACUUUUUGGGGACUGAUAAAAUGUGUGAAGGUAACCACGUUUCUCACAAACUUGUAAAGGUCGUACGAGUACGAGGAGAAGAUGAUUCCGAAAUGCCUUACAAUGCACUGGUAUCUUCCCACCUUGCAGAAUUAACGUUAUGCAAGUUGGCGGAGUUAAUGGCACCGAAUGAUUUUAUUUUACUCGUAUUGGCCAUCAAGGACGACCUCAUAUCAAAAGCCCUUGAAGAUCAUUCCUUGUUUGCAUUUUUAAGUGAGGCCUUUGUAAAUGCAAUAAUAACGAAAUUCAGGGAGCUGAAACUAGAAAAAGGUGCUCCACCACACCGCUGUGCGUUGAGAGUGCAUCCACAUGAGUGCCCUCUCAAGCCCUGUAUUUUACCGUUAAUGGAAAAAUUUAAAAAGAAGAUCAAUAUAGAGUAUCGGGUGCUGUACAAACCGGUGGCUCAAAACUUUCCGUUGGUGGACGCCUUUUUCUUUGUGAAGUCAAAUCCAAUGACGCUG